CCCAAAACAGAGUUGCUAUCAGUUUAUUUCCUUCUCUACCGAACACCCCCCGUACAAGAGCACACAACAAGAGAACGUCCACUUCCCAGAGCAUGAUGGCAAAAAAAUGAAGUUGCAAAGGAAGCACUUUGCAUUCAGGGACGCUGAUUAAUCUCCUGUGUUUCAUUAACAUGCACCUGGAGCUCUCCAAGGCAUAAAACAUUGUGUUGCUUUUUGGCUUUCUGAUAGCCUAACGGUGGUUGUCUCACCAGACCGGAGCACAAAGACACCUCUGCUGCCAUGUAUUUGUCUUGAUGACACACACAGGAUCAUGGACCCCUUUAUUGGCCCCAAGAGGGAGUACUGUUAGGUUAGCUGCACCUGCAAAGAUCUACAAUCAGAAUACCAGCGGGGUGAAUGUACUGCUGCAGCAUGCUGCAGGAUGAGAGCUGGAGAAUAUUCCUCUGACAAACAAAAAUGAAGAUGGAACAUAUUUUUAAACUUUACAACACUUGGUAAAACUUUGUUGACAAGUUUUUGAGACAAUGGCUGGAAUUAACAGCCACAUAGAGGGAGGCGAGGAUGCAGGGCUUGUGGGGAUGGGACUGCGUAUCUCUGUGUCUCCCGUGCAAACUGCUUUUUACAUCAUCCUGGUGAUGCUGGGGAUCAUUGGUAAUGCCACCGUGGUUGGGGUGAUUGGUAAGAGUGUCAUAGUGGACCGGGUUGGGGGACGUAACUCGGACAUAAUUAUCAUUAACAUGGCACUUUCCAACCUGCUGGUGUCUGUGAUGAGGAACACACUGCUUAUCGUCUCAGACGUGGGACUUGAGCUAUACUCAUCCAAAGAGUGGUGUCAGUUUCUCAUGGGUGUCUGGGUGUGGCUGCGAUCGGUCAACGUGUGGUCAACGCUCUUCCUCAGUGCGUUCCACCUCCAAACAUUGAGGCGUGUGGCUCCAGCUAUUGGGAACCUUCAUGCGCCCCGGGGUCUCCCUAAGACCCUAAUGUUCAUUUUGGGCCUCAUCUGGUGUCUCAACUUUAUUUACUCCAUUCCUGCUCAUAUCUAUUCCACUAGUGGGGACGUAAACAGCACCGAGACCCUGAUGCUGGUGAGCAGCACGACGCGCCCCCUGCUGGGCUGUGUCUGGAACUUCCCCUCCAGCUACAGCGGCCUCGCCUACGCCACCACAUCUAUGGUGAUCCAUGAAACUAUUCCCAUAAUCCUAAUGGCCUUCACCAACCUGGGCUCCCUCUACACGCUCUACACCCACAGCAGGAUGAGGAGCUCGGUACCAGAUGCACCAGUCAUAAAGCGCGUGCCUGCUGAGAGGAGAGCAGCCAAGGUAAUUCUUGCUCUCAUAAUGCUCUUCAUUGCAUCCUGGGGAACCAGCAUCAUCUCAGUCAACUAUUUCAACUACAACCGCGGCUCCUCAGCAGAGUUUCUUCUGGUCAUCGCUCGUUUUGCCAACAUCAUCUUCAUUGCCAUGUCACCGGCUGUUCUGGCAGUGGGCCACCGGCGGCUACGUUCGUUCGUCAAGUCUAUGCUCUCUAAAUGACACAGCCCUGUGCAGCUCUCACAAUACCGCUAAUCAAAAGCUAUUGUUUGCAUCAACUUCAAAAACACAUUUAAAGGGGGUCAACAUGUUGAGUACUUUUCUCUAAUUUGUCCUCUGUACAACACUAUUUUGGAAGAGUUUUAUUUGGCUUAUUGAAUUUUAUUUGAGCUUUUGUUUUUUUAGGCAUGUAAAAUGUGAUUUUGGCUAAAAGAUUAUUUGAAUACAUCUUAGCUCAAAAGAAACAACAAAGAAGCAAUGAUAGAUUGAAUUAGAUGAACUAGUUUCGACCAUACAAGAAAACAAAUCCCCUGCUGAUAAUAAUUUGUGACUCAGAAAACAUACUGUGUCUCUGCUUGACUUGCACUUAAUGGCUUGAAAUAUCUCAGAAUAACCUCAAAUAAUACUUGACAAAAGUUCUGUCCAGAGGACACAUGCAGUUGGU